GUCUUAAAUAUACAAGGGCACCUAAACAUUAUGCUAUUCCAGAUAACUUUAGCAUUAUUACAACAUGGGGAAAGUCACCAAACUUAAAUACUAUUAAAGGUCACAUUAAAUAUAUAGAUAAUCAUCCAGUUUAUUAUAUAAAUUAUGGGCCAAACUUCGAAUUAGAGAUAAUAUCAAAUCAUUCUUCUAGUGAUGCAGCAACAAAAACUCAAAGGUCAGAAAAUAGUCGAAUGUCAGGUCCUUUACUUUUUGGUCUUCAUCUUAAACAAAUUCAAAAAAAUCAACCACAAUCAAAUUAUAUUAGACCUUUAAAACAGUUUAAUGAACUAAGUAUUUCUACUAAAAAGGCUCGUGCAAGAACUGUUGCAAAAAAGAUUAAAAAAGAUUUUAAUCAAAUUGCAAAAGAAAAUUAUCAUCCAAAUGAUCAAGUUACACUUAAAGAAUUAUCUUAUACAGUUGCAAAUACACCUUUUCAUGUAGAAUUUGGAUCUCAGAAUAUUAUAGAAAAAAACAAACAUGAGUCAGCAAUAGUGCAAAUAAUUGAUAAAUACCAAAUAUCAAGAGAUGGAUAUCGUGCUUUAUCGGCUAUACAACCUAAUUUACCUCGUGAUUAUGCAGUUUCUGAUCAACUCAAGAUAAUCUUUUAUUAA